AUGGAGUUCUUGUUUGGGAAGAAGAAGACACCGGAUGAGCUGCUGAGGCAGAAUCAGAGGGCGCUUAACCGAGCUAUCAGAGAACUGGAUCGAGAGCGAAGUAAACUGGAGCAGCAGGAGAAAAAGAUCAUUGCAGACAUAAAGAAAAUGGCCAAACAGGGACAAAUGGUGAGACAAAUGGUGCUGUGUUCAAAAGAGACAGCUAACAGAGGAAAUCAUAAUAUACUAAUCCUAUGAUAAUAAUAAUCUAAUAAUCUGUAAUCCUUUUAUUAAUUAUAAUAGGAUGCUGUUAAGAUCAUGGCGAAGGACUUGGUCCGCACAAGGCGUUAUGUCAAGAAGUUCAUCAUGAUGAGAGCUAACAUUCAGGCUGUCAGUCUAAAGAUUCAGACGCUCAAGUCCAACAACAGCAUGGCGGAGGCGAUGAAGGGGGUCACAAAAGCCAUGGCAACCAUGAACAGACAGGUCAGUGUGUGACAAGGUUCACUCACACAUUUUGAAACAUUUAAAAAAGAAUAAGUCCCAUUUAUUAACGGUCUUACAUGUUUGUUUCCACAGCUGAAACUGCCUCAGAUUCAGAAGAUCAUGAUGGAUUUUGAACGACAGAGUGAAAUCAUGGACAUGAAGGAGGAGAUGAUGAACGAUGCCAUAGAUGAUGCCAUGGGGGAUGAGGAUGAUGAAGAGGAGAGGUGAGAGAUUAGAAACAGACGAGUUACUCUUUAAACCUGUCGGCUCUGCUGCCGUGGCAAAGAAGACUGAGGAAGAAGAUUGACCAAAUGCAUGUUUGGUUUUGUCUCUCUUCAACUUUUUUAAUAAAGGCAAAUAAACAGUGUGCAGCUACUCAUGAUAAUGAUUGACUGACUGACAUCCAGUGAUCUCUGGAUAAUGUAACAGCCUUUACACUUUGGUUACUUUCUUUGUUUGCAUAAAGCCAUUGUUCCCCUGUAAGUAAUGACAUUGAGGCUUUCGUGAUGUUGUUGCCUGUUUGUCUCAGUCUGAUUAGCUCCACCUGUAUGCUUAGUUCACCAGUGGUCACAGACACUUGACGUAUUCCUGGCGAUAUCUUGAUUCCAUUUUAUGUUUGUUUUUCAUGUGCAGUGACGCCAUCGUGUCCCAAGUCCUGGAUGAGCUGGGUCUGAAUCUGUCAGAUGAACUAUCAAGUAAGAACAGAACAACAUUGUGAAAUUCUCUUCCUCUAUCUCUCUGUCAUUCCUGAUACUUAAUCCCUAUUUUAUCCUCCAUGUCCACUCUCUGUUCACUUCAGAUCUCCCAAGCACUGGAGGGAGCUUGUCUGUGGCUGGAGGAAAGAAGGCGGAGCCCCAGGCCGCCCUGGCUGACGCAGACGCUGACCUGGAGGAGCGAUUGAACAACCUCAGGAGAGAUUGA